UGCCCAGUGUUUUCAGUGAGACAGCCAGCCGCUGCCUGACCCGUGCAUGCCAACCGGACCCGACCAGCAUCGCGCAGCCACCCGACACAAACAAAUAGUGCAACCCAAACCCUACUCGCGCAACCGUCACUUUGACAGCGCGAUUCUUUAGCGGCUUUGAUCCCAUUCUUCACGACCCCUGCCGCGAGUUGAGUUGUAUGUCUCUGGGGUCAGAUUUGCGCGCUCCAUUAUUGUCAUUCGUCCGACCCCAUCGUUAUACAAAUUUAAACUGAUAUCAAAUGUCUGACACAACAUUAAACGUGCUGACCCUUGGCAGCAGGUUUACAGUGUCGGCGCGCGGUGACGUUAGCAGCUACUUCAACACACAAAUGGUGCUCGACCUUAACGAAGAGUCGGGCGAGCUCAUCAAAUCGCCCUCCCCGCCGCCCAGCCACGAUGGGUCGGCGAGCGGCGAGGGCGAAGGCGAGGGCGAGGCGAGUGGCGACGAGCGGCCACCAUCGCCACCGCGCGCGCCCUCCGCGCCCCUCCCGCACCCCUCGCACCCCCAUCACCCCGCGCACGCCCAUCACCACGCGCACGCGCUGCCGCUACCGCUGCACGCGCCGCAGCCGCCGAAUGUCUUCGGUGGCAGCGGCGCGGGCUCGGCGCUGGCGCAGCUCCAGCACCUCCUUCUCACACAGCACGGGGCGCAUUCGCUACUGUUACACACACAGGUACAACAAGCGGUGGCCCAGGCGGCGGCGCAGCAGCUGCAGCAGCUGCAGGCGCGCGCGGCGGCCGGCGCGCACGCCGCGCACGCGCACCUCGCGCCCGACCGCACCAUCGACCUGCACGGUAACACUCCCGACUUGCUAGACCAGAAACACACAGAGGGUCGGUCGCCAAGUCCUCGGCGCACGCCUCCCGGCGCAGGCGCAUUCCUGACGCCGAUGACGCCGGGCUCUGGUCGCGCGCGCUCGCCGCUCCACGCGCACGCGCACGCACACACGCCCCUGCACGCGCACGCUCACAAGCCGCGCGCGCUCGAGCCCGCCGCCGACGACACUGCUGACCUCGAGGAGCUAGAACACUUCGCGAAGACCUUUAAACAGCGCCGAAUCAAACUUGGAUUCACUCAAGGCGACGUGGGUCUAGCAAUGGGCAAGCUAUACGGGAACGACUUUUCCCAAACGACGAUCUCGCGCUUUGAGGCGCUGAACCUGAGCUUCAAAAACAUGUGCAAGCUGAAACCGCUUUUGCAAAAGUGGUUGGAAGACGCAGACUCGUCACUGGCGGGCGGAGGAGGCGGCGGCGCGCCCGGGCCCGGCGCGCUAGCUGAAGCCGUGGGCCGCCGCCGCAAGAAGCGCACCAGCAUCGAGUCGGGCGUACGCGUCGCGCUCGAGAAAGCCUUCCUGCACAACCCCAAGCCCACUAGCGAGGAGAUCGCCGCGCUGGCCGACGCGCUCGCCAUGGAGAAGGAGGUGGUCCGCGUCUGGUUCUGCAACCGCCGCCAGAAGGUAAAGCGCACGCGCCACGAAUCCGACGUGAUGGCCGGCGUCGCGCCGCCGCUCACUAACGCCGCUUGUUGGGGUGUGCAGGAGAAGCGCAUCAACCCGCCGCCGGGCGAGAGCGCGGGCCCCGGUGCGCUGUCGUUGUCGCUGCCGAGCGCGCUGCACGCCGCCGCGCUGCAACCUCUGGCCCUGCUGGCGCGGCGACCGGCGCCCGGCGCUGCUGGCGACUGACCCGGCGCGCCGACUCUCGCGCCGCCCUCACAUAUCCCGUCGCUGUAAAUAGGCGCCGCCGCCCCCCGCACUGUACAUACGCAUAUUAGCGGGCAGGCGCGCAGCGCCGGCUAGUCCGUAAGUCUAUCUUAUAAUGUGAAUUCUAUUUAUGUUUAGUGGAGCUGCGGCUCGGAGUGUAGGCCCUCGAGCGAUGCGCGCCCGCGGCCCCGGUGCCGCGGUCAUAUCAGUAGCGCGCCGCACGUGCGUGUAUGUACGGUGGAUGUGUAGAAAACUAUCUAUAUGUUACAAUAAAAGAUGAUAGAGACUA